AUGGUGACGAAGUGUGACGACCACAUCAAUUUUGACGAUAUGCAAUUCUUUUCGUUAAGUAAUACAUUUUCGAUUUUAGCAUUUGCUAACAAAUAUUCGUUAAAUAAUAAAUAUUUGCUGUUUAUAAUUCUAUUACUUAAUGAUCAAUUAAGUUUGAAUUUCCCAUUGAAUGGCCAAGCUAGGUUACCCAAUUCUGGCUCAAGUCUAGGUUGUCAUUCAACGGCCAUGGCAUGGCUUGGACAAACUCUGGAUCGGCCUGGUUGCCCAGUUUUGGCCCAAGGCUGGGUUCUCUUGCCUCGGCCAUUCUAUGGCGAACCAGUCUUGGCCCAGGCUCGGAUAAUCAUUGCGUUGGCCAAGGCUAAUUACCCAGUCGUGGCCCAAUAUUGGUGCACCAAGUUUGGUUGCCCAGUACUGGACCAGGCAAGGCCUCGUCAUUCAACUCUGGCAGUUCCUACAUGGGAUACUGAAAAAAGUGUUGAUAUGAAACAGUUCUUAGAUUUUUAA